AUGGCGUCAAUCAAAACAUCAAGCGCCCCGCGCUCCGGUUCUUCGGGCCUCACAAAAACCUACCUCUUCGCAUACAACACUCUCAACCUCCUGGCCUGGGGCACCUGUGCCGUCUACACGGCCUCUCUCCUCCCAGCCCAUGUUUCGACCAAAACUCUCCCGAAGGUCUUUGGUCAGACUUUCUCCCCGCUCCUGCUGGCCACGCAGUCCCUCGCCCUGUUGGAAGUCGUGCACAGCGUAGUGGGCCUUGUGCGCGCGCCGUUCAUGACAACCGCCAUGCAGGUUUCUAGCCGUCUGCUGCUGGUGUGGGGGAUUAUGGCCCAGUUUGGUGGGGAGAUUGUUGGUGGGCGGGAUACCCAGUUGGGUGAUUAUGCGUAUCUGGGAUGUGUCUUUGCGUGGGGAAUUACGGAAGUUAUCCGUUAUGGAUUCUUUGCUAUUACCUUGUCUGGGAACUCGGUCCCGAGCUGGUGGACUUGGUUGCGAUACAACACUUUCUACGUUUUCUACCCAAUUGGCAUCUCCAGCGAGUGCACGCUUAUCUUCCAGGCCCUUGGUCCUGCUGGCGAGCUGAACCCACUUUUCCGUUACAUUUUGAUUGCGAUCCUCGUGAUCUACGUGCCUGGAUCUUAUGUCCUGUAUACGCACAUGAUUGCCCAAAGACGCAAGGUCAUGCGCGGUAAGAAAAGAGCUGAUUAG